AUGGCCUAUGACCGCUAUGUUGCCAUCUGCAGACCCCUGCACUAUGGGACCCUCAUGGGCAGCAGAGCCUGUACCAAAAUGGCAGCAGCUGCCUGGGCCAGUGGUUUUCUCUAUGCUCUCCUGCACACUGCUAACACAUUUUCAAUACCAUUCUGCCAAGGCAACACAGUGGACCAGUUCUUCUGUGAGAUUCCCCAGAUCCUCAAGCUCUUCUGCUCAGACUCCUACCUCAGGGAAGCUGGGGUUAUUGUGGUUAGUAUCUGUUUAAUCUUUGUGUGUUUCAUUUUCAUUGUGGUGUCCUACGUGCAGAUCUUCACUGCUGUGCUGAGGAUCCCCUCUGAGCAGGGCCGGCACAAAGCCUUUUCCAUGUGCCUCCCACACCUGACCGUGGUCUCCCUGUUUCUCAGCACUGGCAUGUUUGCCCACCUGAAGCCCCCCUCCCUCUCCUCCCCAGCUCUGGAUCUGAUGGUGGCUGUUCUGUAUUCGGUGGUGCCUCCAGCAGUGAACCCCCUCAUCUACAGCUUGAGGAAUAAGGAGCUCAAGGAGGCAGUGAGGAAACUGGUUCAACGCCAGGACCAAUAA